AUGAAAUGGCGGAAAUGGCUGGACAAGCACACUCAAGUCGGCCCCUAUGAGAAGAUUCUGCUCGAGCGGGGUGUCGCUCGGGACAUCUCGCAGUGUUCGACCAACGCCGGCGAUGCUGAUGGCGAGUCUUGUUCUAUAUGUUUGGUUGAAUUCGAGGAAGACAUAUGUACCAUGAAGACUGUUUUGCUGAAUGCUUUUCUCGACUGCCUCGAGGUAAGCACCAUAAAUGCCCAAUGUGUCGUGCUCGAAUUGGUCCAGAGAUUCGUGGCCAUCUGA